AUGCCCUCGCCAAGCGUUCCUGUGGUUCUUUUUGAAGAGGCGUUGAAGCGAAACGCCGCAGAUUCCCGCGCCACUGCCCUUUACGGUUCGUUUUUGUGGAAUGUGUGUGUUCCUGCACUCGACGCGGGGAGCGCGGCUGACGUCAAGGAGCAGCUCGCAGUGAAGGUGGAGACGCUGUAUCAGCAGGGCUUGAGCCACCAACCCCAGAGUAUCCUUUUGCUGACCUCGCUGGGUUCCUUCUACGUAAGUGUGGGAGAUAGAUUUGACGACGCUGUACGUGUUCUAGAGCAGGCGCGCAGGCUAAGCCCGCAUAACGCGGUGGUGAAUCGCCUCUUGUGCGCCGCCUUUCAUGACGAGUGGAUGAAGGAGAAGAGGCAAGUUACUGUAAAAGCCAAUUCACGUUUGCAGAACUUGUUGGAAACUACACGCCAACUGUACGAAGUGUCCGUCCAAUUGGAUCCGUUGGAUCGGUUGACACUGGCAAGGUAUUGCCAAUUUGCUCUACACGGGCUUCAGAACGCGGCGUUGGCGGCUGAGUUGAUGCAGCGGCUGCGAGAGCUUCCAAAAGCAUAA